GAUCUUUGAUAAAUAAUUUUAAAAAGGAAUGUAAAAAAGGUAAGAGCAUUUUCAUUGGCGUAUAGAAUGGGAAGAAGGACAGAGAGGAAUGGAACAUUUGGUUUCUAUUGAUUAUCUUCUCUUCUUCUGAGAUCUCUUAAUCUCAUCUCAUACCUCUUCCUCUCUUCUUCUUCUCUCUGCUCGGAGAUCCUCUGUAUCAUCAAACUUAGAUCAGCUGCGACCCCCAAAAAGCAAAGAAGCAACGAGUUAUAGUCUUGGUGCCUGACUCGAGCUCUUGUUAAGUCAUUUGGUGAGAGGAGAGAUUGGUUCUUUGGAGAGAUAUAUAUGGCAGAGGUUAAGGAUCACUUAGAGAUUAAGUUCCGUCUCAAUGAUGGUUCAGAUAUUGGUCCUAAAUCGUUUCCUGAUGCUACAACCGUUGCUGCAUUGAAAGAAACUGUGGUUUCUCAAUGGCCAAAAGAGAAGGAGAAUGGGCCAAAGACGGUGAAAGAUGUGAGAUUGAUAAGCGCAGGUAGAAUAUUGGAGAACAACAAGACGGUUGGAGAUUGCAGGAGUCCUGUCUCCAAUCUCUCAGAUGCUGUCACCACUAUGCAUGUCCUCAUUCAACCUCAGGUUACUGAUAAAGAGAAGAAGACGAAGAAGAAGCCUAAAGGUGAUCUGAAACAGAACAAUUGUGUCUGCUUAUGUUUUGGACGCCGGUUAUGAAAAGACUAGUAGAGCUCAAAGCUUUGGCAGAUUCACAUUCUCUUCUUCAGUCUCUUUUUGUGUGUGUGUGUGGCAACAUUGGCUUUUUGGUCGCUUGAGAUUUGGUUUCUAAUGUAAUUCUGAUUCUUAAACACAGUGGAAUCAUAGAUAACAUUUCAAAUUUGCAGACUAGAGUGAAUCAUUAAGAAUUUUAUAGUGGUUUUCUUACA